UGAGACGAUCUUGUGUAUUGGUCCAAAGUGUGGAUGUCACUUCUUCACUGUCACCAAGGUUGCUUGUUAAACGUGACAGACCAUAACAAUUGCAUUGGUAAACAACUCGAGAUUAAUAUCCACAUAUUCAGCAACGCUCUGUGGUCAAGAAUGUACCAGUUUUACGCAAAAUUCACCAAAAUGCGCGUUGAAGUGCCAAAUUAUUGUGUAUGCAUCCUCCAAUCAGAGACUCGUUUAGAUGUGUAGAGCCUCGGAAAAUAUUUCGUCUGGUAUUUCGAUUCUUUGUUGAUGUUCGGUUUUAAGUAGAAUAUUUGUAAAUAAGGGAAAUACCGUGAAGUACCACCAUGAUACACACCAACAGAAAUAAAUUGGAGGGCCGAGUAAACAGCUGAUUUUGAGCCGAAGGGUGGCCGGGGCCAAGGUUAAGUCGUCCGUGAGCACAGUGGCUUAUCGUUCCUUCAUUUUUAUUUAAAUGAUAACAAUAAGCCACGUUUAAAGGUCUGGAUUGUCAUUUACCCAUAAGUAGUGUUGCAGCUUCGAAAAGGCUGCGGUGAGACCUUGGUGGGUGCCGUCUGUAGGCCGCAGCAAGAAAGAGCGAUCUAAUUUCUCAGUGUGCACUAUGAAGCAAAGCUACAUGCAGCUUGCCAGAGUCUUUUCAGAUGAUGAUGCCCAAAUUAAUAAGAAGUUGCCAAAAGAACUGCUGCUUAGGAUAUUCUCGUACCUUGAUGUGGUAUCCCUGUGUCGAUGUGCACAAGUUUCUAAGGCCUGGAAUGUUCUGGCACUUGAUGGCAGCAAUUGGCAACGGAUAGAUCUCUUUGACUUUCAGACUGAUGUUGAGGGUCCAGUCAUUGAAAACAUUUCGCGACGCUGUGGAGGGUUUCUGCGCAAGCUGAGUCUCCGUGGCUGCCAGUCAAUAGCUGAUGGCUCCAUGAAGACAUUUGCGCAGAAAUGUAACAAUGUGGAAGACCUGAACCUCAAUGGCUGUAAGAAUAUUACAGACAGCACCUGUCAGUCGCUGAGCCGCCACUGUCCUAAGCUGCAGCGCCUUGACCUUGGCUCCUGCUCAGCCAUCUCUGAUGAGUCACUCAAGGCUCUUGCUGAUGGCUGCCCAUAUCUGACUCACAUAAACAUAUCUUGGUGCGACCACAUCACGGAAAAUGGUGCAGAGGCACUGGCCCGUGGCUGUCGCAACCUAAAGUCAUUCAUUUCGAAAGGUUGUCUUCAGAUUAAUGACAAUGCUGUGAGCUGUUUAGCUCGUAACUGCAGUGACCUGGAAGUCAUCAAUCUUCAUGGAUGCACGAAUAUCCAAGAUGAAGCAGUGCAGCAACUUGCUGAAAACUGCCCUCGCUUACACUAUCUCUGUCUGUCAGGCUGUUCUCAUCUGACAGACGCAUCACUCAUUGUUCUUGCACAGCAGUGCCACAUGCUAAGCACCAUCGAGGUGGCUGGUUGCUCACAGUUCACAGACACAGGCUUCCAGGCCCUUGCGAGGAGUUGUCGCUUACUGGAGAAGAUGGAUCUGGAAGAGUGUGUGCUGAUAACAGAUGCAACACUAAUACAUUUGGCAAUGGGAUGCCCGCGACUGGAGAAACUGAGUCUAUCUCACUGUGAGCUCAUUACGGAUGAAGGCAUUCGCCACCUGGGGACGUCCCCUUGUGCAGCAGAGAAUUUGACAGUUCUAGAGCUAGACAACUGUCCGCUUAUCACUGAUGCUUCUCUGGAGCAUCUCAUCUCAUGUCACAAUCUUCAGCGUAUCGAACUGUAUGACUGCCAGCUUAUCACCCGCGCUGGAAUACGGCGACUCAGGAAUCAUCUCCCUAACAUCAAGGUGCAUGCGUACUUCGCUCCUGUGACACCUCCACCAACUGCUGGUGGAUCCAGGCAACGCUACUGCCGCUGCUGUGUCAUCUUGUGAACUAGUCGUUCUUAACACGUCACACAACAGGACCAAAGUGUUAAUGUGCAGAACAUUUAUAAAUAGAACAAAAUACUUUAUUUAUGUUUAGAUCUGUGCCCGCUCAUUGCACUGAGAGAUUGCUGAAGGAAAAAAAAAAAAGGGAGGAAGUCAUUGACAGUGGCAUGAGACAGUAGAUCUGAUUUUGCAAGAUAUCUGCACGUUAUGUGAUCUGAGCAGUGCGUGUAUCAAACUAAACUAAACUUGAAUGGCCUGAUUUUUUAAGAUGUAUGUAUAUUUAUGAGUGUGUUCCCCACUGCAUUCUUUUGUGUGUAGACUAGUGCAAGCUCAAUGCCCAACCUGUGAUGAAAGAGGAAAAUGUGAUAACUUAAGCUGCAAACGUCCUAGGAAUGGUUGAACAAGGAAGGGAGGAUCAGCAUCAAUCUUCCAAGCAGAGGAUGUGGCUGGACCCAUUGCUUGCUUCUUUUUCAUUGGUUUUGAAUGUAUGAACUAUUACCAGUGUCAGACAAUGCUGCGUGUUUAGACUCUUCUCGAUGAUAAAUAGAAUGCAAGUGGUAUUUAGAACUUUGAUCCAUAGUGAGGAAAGACUGAAGAGUAACAGACUAUUAUUGUAGGUUUGGAAACUAAAGGCCUUAUUUGAAGUUUCCAGAUAUACAUUAGUCAAUUGGCUAUAUGCCUCUAGUCUUCUCUCAGACUUGUCCAUUCCUCAUUGCAAAUCUUAAAAUAUAUGGCAUGCCUUAGGCCCUUACUUUAGGAAUUUUUCCAUAUAUGAUGAAGCUGUUUAUUUUUCCCCAUGAGUACAUAACUGUUUGAAAGCAAAUACCUAGCAGAACAAGGAAGCAAACAGCCCUAAUGCACCAGAGUUGCUUAUGAAGAGAGACACAUUGUGUCGGUCACAUUAUGAAUUCCUUCACAGAGUUGAUGAAGCAGUGGUAGCUGUAGGAACAGCAGCAGUAGAAACAUUUUCAUAUUUUCUGUAAGAAGUUAACUACAAUGUCAAAGUAAACAUUCUGGCACUUUGGCUGGUUCAUGCUCACAUAGGUAUAUUGCCUUUUACACUAGUCUGAUAUAUGAAAUUCGGAUCAAGUGUGCAGCCCAACACAAAACAUUAAUUUGCAGACAAGUGGGAGAAAGUUGCCAAAGCUUGAAUUGAUGCAAGAUUUAAUAGUUUCUGGUUGAUUUUUUUUAUGUUCCUAUGUUUAUUCUUCUGUUUCCAUUUCUUAUAACCAGGAUUCAUCAUUUGCAUAGCAUAUGUUCAGAUAAAAUUUUGUUUCAAAGCAGUCAUUUUACUGGGAAACAUUUAUUCAGUGAUGGAUUAUUCCAUAACACUUUUUCAGUUUCAGAAGUUAUAUAAUCCCAAUUGUGGCAGAAAAAUGAUCCUGAAUGGUGAGUCGGUAAGGAUUUUGAGGGACUGGCUGUGUCCUAUGCCAGUAUUACCUGGCGAAUCUGAGUAAUGCCAUGAAAUUUUCUGUAGUGGAAUCAUUUGAUGUACAUAAAGAAGAAAACAUGUUUUGUCUUUCAUAGGGCCAUUAUCAGGCCGUUUGUGAAUAGGAUCUCACUCCUCCUCCCCCACCCCACCUUUUGCAUGUACUAAUUUAUAAUUCACGUUGAAUAUGCAAAAGAGAAUUGAGACAAGUUUUGUGUUUAUCUAAAAUGAGAAUAUAAGUCUGGAAUAGUGUCCUCCACUUCUUUAAAAAGUACUCAUAAUAUCUUGCGUAGUCUUUAUUGUGGGUUAUAAUUUGUGACUGGAUAUGUGAUGUUACUUUCAGAUUUGUAAACAUUCCAGUAGACAUCAUGCUCUCACUGAAACGAGUGAGGGAACAUAGUUCCGCAACAGAAUGUAUGAACAAGAAUAAGAAAUUGAAUUAAUUACCUUCCAUUUUGGCAUAAGUAAUUGUGAUAUCAUAGGUCUAGUUGUGCUAUAUUGUAGUCUGAUGCCUAGCAGAAACUGUGUUAUUAAAUUCAAAGUUUCCUUUUUUUUUUUUUUUUUUGGUGGUUGUCCAGGCAUGACUAUUUACUUGCUAGGACUAUGUUUUUAAGAUCUUGCAUGUUUUUAUUUAAGGUUUGCUGAACAGUCCUAUUUACCUUCUGAUAUUACAUUGGCUUAAAACAAGUCUUGAAUAAUUAAUUUGAUUGUUUAUGUAAUACAGAAAAAAUAUGAGUGUGAACAAAUUUUACCUCUAAUUUUAAGGAUGUAUGCUAAAAUCAUUUUAAUUUAUUGUCACAUAAUUCAGAAUCACCAACAUUUAUUUCCCAUCUGGAGAAAUAUAAUUUUUUAUGCUUCAUAGUGUUGGUAAUUUAAAGUUUAGUUAGUAUGUAAUGUGAAGUAAUCAUUUAAUCCAUCACACAGUAAAUUCUGAUUAAUCCAGAAGUGUAAUUCCACAGAAGGGGAGUUCAGGUAAUCUGGAGUUAUCUGUUGAGAAAAUAAUAUGAGAAAGCUUGGAGGCAAUAUUUUCACCCUUAUGCCUGGGAAGUUUUCUGUUGUUAGAUGAUGUCAGUGUGAGAAGUAUGAAUUGUUUCCUUCUGUCACUUGAGAAUGUCUGCAUUAAAAAUUGUGAGCUGCUCCGUACAUUUCUUACAUCUUGAGAGCGAAUUUCAAGAAUCAGUAGGUGGUGUGUGCAGUAAAUUGGAUGCUUAAGACCAUAUAGUUAAUUUUUGGUUUUGUAUGUUAUAAAUUAAAGAGGUUAUGUUGAACAUUUUUUUAGGUGUACCUGAGAAUGGUAAAUCACACUUCAAGUGCUAUGUGUCUUGUAAAUGCUCUAUCACCUAAACAACGGCCUUGUGUAUAUAAGCCCUAAUAACUUAAAUAUUAGAAGAGAGGGCUGGAAAACAAAAUUUUGGUUUUCAUAGGACUGACUCAAACAUUUUUUAUUAAAUUUUUUUUAUUUAUGCUGCAUAUUCCUGAAUGGAUAUAAAAUAUGUUCCAAAAUGUUAUAGUGUGAUCUGAUCUCUUG